AUGAAACUAAAUGCUGACAAAUGUGUGAUGCUGACUGUGGGUGCUGAAAAUCCAGGAAAUAAAUAUAUCCUGAAUGAUUGUUUGCUGCAGCACGUUAACUCGCAAAAGCACAGUGAAGGGGAUAGAAGAUACCCAGUUACCAAAUACUUACAAAAUAAAGCAGCUGCAAUGAAUAUUCUCACAACCAUCAAAAUUGGAUAUACAAGAUGUAGUAUCGAGAAGAAGAUAUACCUCCAGAAAUGCUAUAGAUGGUCAUAUGACCAUGCUACUGAAGACUGUAACGGCCCUGAUCAAAGUAUUCUUUGCUUUAAAUGCGGCAAAGAAGCACAUCAAGCAAAGAACUGCGAAGAAAAUGACGAAAGGUGCUUAGUGUGCAACGAAGAGGGGCACGAACCAGGCACUGUUGCCUCGGUGAGGGCUGAAGGGCCUCAUGGGAUUACGAUUUUGUCAAAAAUAUUACGGCAGUACAUCAAUUCACAGCCUGAUGAUGUGAGGCUCGGUGAGGGUGUACAUAUUAUCAGUUCUAGAAGUGAAAAUGAUGCUAGGGCAUAUGGGGACGACAGCACCCUGCUCGGAGCGGUGGAGAAUUAUUUGGAGAGUCAUGAAGUUAGGAUACGACUAACGGAGCUUAUGCCAGGAGAAGGAUUUGGAAGGGCAUUUAAAACUGCUAUGGAUGAAGUGGAGAAUGGAACGGAAAAUGAUGAUCAAUCGACAGGACGUGGAGGCGGCGGCGGCGGAGGCGGUGGCGGCAAAGGGGGCGGCGGUGGCGGCAACGGUGGCGGCGGAGUCAUGAUGAUGGGUCUGAUGAUGGGAAAACUUUUAGCAGCCCUUGGUAUCGGUGGCGUGGGACUUUUGGCUAUGAAAGCACUUAUGGUGUCAGCGUUAGCCUUGAUGCUUUCCAUCAUUAUCGGUUUGAAGAAACUGGUUCAUCAUGAUGACGAUGGAGGCGGUCACCACGUGAUUCACGCAAGCCACGGAGGACACGAGUACCACAGAAAAAAGAGGGAGGCAUCUGAAAUUGCCUACCAAGGUUGGGAUAACUACAAACCUCAAUAA